CAGUGGACCUUCCCGGUAGAUUUAAAUGAACAGAAACUAGACAGCACGAGAACUAAUGGAAUACAGAGGACGAAAAGCAAUCACAAACAGGAACUGAUCUGUUCUCGACUUUUUGAGUAGGGACAAGGAUUAUUUUCAAUGGCUGUAUAACGAUUCUUGUUCGUGUACAACAUUUAAUUUUGUGAAAAUGAGACUUCGGUCUCGAAGAAUUGCUGACCCUUCACCAGCACAGUUUAACGGUCGGCGGUCCUCGAAGAGAGGCGCGCAGAGCGUAACUCCGGAAAAGGUAAGUCGAUAAGCUUGUUUUGCCAAAAUAUCUUGGAAUAAACUGAAAACGUUCAAUGCGUAUGACGUACUAUCGUUGGCUAAAACAAAUUUGCUUGCCCAAACUGACAUAAUCGCUUGCUAACUAGCUAGCUUAGCUAGCCGAUUAGACAGACGUAAACAAUGACGUAGUAGAACACACUAACUGUGCGUUUGCGUUUUGGUACAUCAGAAGUACAUUCAUUUCCAAUGGAACUCUGCGUUUGCCGUGCAGCAUUGCGUUGCAGUGCGUUCUGUGUGGUGCAUACGUUGGAUUUAUCGAACGUAUGCGUCAAACUGUAUGUGUAAACGGGUUGACAGAAAUGGUAGCAGAAGGUGAAUGUUGAACUUUUGUUGCACACAGAUCUAGAUGAUGAUGAUGCUGCACACUAUGUUGCGCAAUGACACAGUCGGUGUGUUCAGAGCGCUACUCGCUUUUCACGCCACUUCGACAGCGACGACUGGAAGUGAUUUUCAUGGCAGGUUAGGAGGACAUUUUCGCUAACCCUAACCUUUUUCCUAACCUGAUACGUUAAUUCUCCUAACCUGAUACGUUAAUUCUCCUAACCUGAUACGUUAAUUCUCCUAACUUGAUACGUUAAUUCUCCUAACUUGAUACGUUAAUUCUCCUAACUUGAUACGUUAAUUCUCCUAACUUGAUACGUUAAUUCUCCUAACUUGAUACGUUAAUUCUCCUAACUUGAUACGUUAAUUCUCCUAACUUGCUGCAUAAAUUAUCCAAACCUACUACGAAAAAGUUACUUCCGGCCGUAGAUGUAACGAAGUGGCUUGAAAAUAGUUUCUCCUCACUCGCUGGCAAAAUUUGCUAGCUACAACGGACAAUGUUGAAAUGGGUACUUGUUCACAGUUCUACCGACCAGUUGGACACCUGGAAUGUAUUUAUGUUCUUACCCAAAACAAUUGAUGCAAUAUUUUAUCAUCUCUUUUAUAAUAAUUGAACAUAACCUGUCCAUAAUAUGAAAUGGUGACCCAUGUUUUUAUUGUUUAAUUUGACAAAGCAUCACUCUGGCUUUAUCAUCAACUCAUAUUGAUACCAGCAGAUGUAGUGUCUGGCAGAGAGGAUUACAGAUUACCCAUCACAAGUAGGUCGAGGGAGAGGGUCUUUCACUAGUAUCUAGGUCGCACAUGCGCUCUGUUUUUACUAUCACAGUAGCUAGAUGUUGUUAAAUGUCAGUGUUCACACAGAUUUUUGGGUAAAGCACUCGUUCACAUCUGCUACACUGAGACUGAUGAAAAGCCAAUUGAAUCCUCCAUAGGACAAAGACUCAUAAUAAUAUGGUCAUCAGUAGGUCAGUUGGUAGUGCAUGGCGCUUGCAACUCCAUGAUAAUGGGUUAUUUUCCCGGGACCACCUGUACAUACUAUGUAUGUAUGCAUGACUGUAAGUCGCUUUGGAUAAAGCCUUUUUGAUCAAGGUUUGGGUCAGCCUGUAUGUGAGACAACUUGCAAGUUUUUAUACUAGUGCCUUAUACUUAACUGACAUAUAGUUGGUGGGGGGUAAUUCUGAUCCUUUUGAUGAGAGCUUUUAGCUACUUUUUCAGACUGUCACAAUGAUAUUUUCUAUGUGUAGGAUGAAGAUGUACAACAGCCAGACGACCAGUCACUCUACCCUGAUGAUGAUAUCCCCACCGCUACAAAGCGCCCUCUUGUUCAAGGGCGUGGGAGGAAAAGGGUGGCAGCCCCUGCCUAUGAAGACAGAGAAGGUACCCAUUUAUUUUGGUGAAUGCAAUUGCUCUAUUGUCGUUUAUUUCAAGAUGGCAACUAAAUACUGACAAUCAUUCUGUAUUAAUUUCUAGAUCUGGGCUUCAAGACCCCCGUUAAUGUGCACCAUCACCGGGUGCUGUCGGAGCUAAACCCCUCCUCUCCCCUCAAUUCCACUGUGCGAAAUAUCUACUCCCCCAUGGUCCGGUUCCUCACACCUACCAAGGAAAGUAAGUACAUCAAAGGUGGAUUGGAUGGGCUAUGUUCGAAAUUGCAUACUUGCACACUAUUUAGUAAGCAAUCCCGAGUGUGUGUGUUUUGGCUUUUGUAUGUAGUGUACAGGUAGGGUAGUCUGCCUGGAAGACCAGGGGCUAAUUCAUGGGUGUGCAGUGUUUGUGUUCAGAUAACUGUAUUGUGUAGAACCAAACAGACAUUCUUCUGUCUUGGAGAAUGAGUCUUAUUCAUUUGAAUCAAGGCUGUUUAAAAAAAAAAAAAAAUCUAUUCAGAUGCGAGAACCCCCAGCAGUGAUGUGAUGAGCCCAGAGCAGUGUGUGUUUGGCUAUGGUUCCAUCAGCCUUCUCGCUGGAGAUGAGGACGACAAUGACGUUUUCAGCCCGUGAGUUCGGCCGUCUUCUGUUGUUCUUGGUUCUGUGGAAUACGAUUAUAGGGCUGCAUGCCAUAACAUAUUAUGAAAUCAAAUGUGUCUACUUGACUAAUUAGAUCACCUCAGGAUCAUCUUGGGGCUAUGUCAAAAUGCAGGAUCAAAUAAGAUAAUCAACAGCUGGGCAUCUAAAGUAAGUUGGCCAACCUGGCCAACAGAAUUGUUGCUGGUUUGUGAUGCACCUCUGCUGAAAUAAUCCACUGCCCAUACUUUCUUUCCUAAUGCCUGUAGUUCUCAAGGACUCAACUCACUUUUCCUGAAAGUAAUAAAUCCAUUGCAUUGUUGUAUUUAGCUUUACCUUCAUCAAGAACAUUCCAUCCAAGUCCCAGCAAUCCAAACCGUGCGUACGAGACAUCCCACCUAAGACGAGGAGUACGCCCCAAGCCACCCUAGUUUUAGAUCUGGUGAGUGUUGGGUUUACCUUUUGAGUUUAGUGACUAAUCAAGGCAUUUACUUGUGUAAUUCCCCUGCAAAGUAUAAUAGAUAUUUUUAGGCAGGUCUGGUUUACAGUGAUAUUUACUUAGUAUAUUAAUGUAUGGGUAGGUUGUAUUUCCAUGAUGAUUACCAAGUUAUAUUAUUAUUCCUUCGAAAUGUAUGACAUGAAACACUAUGGGGUACCAAUUGUUUAGAAUUUUUUGGUGUUCUAGGAUGAAACCCUCAUGUACAGCUCUCUGAACGGGAUUGAGGAUGCAGAGUACACCUUCCGCACAUGCUUCCAGGACAAUCAGUACAAAGUUAGUGAAUUAACCUGUUUUAAUUUUUAUAGGAUGAAUGCCCGUUUUAUAAUGACGGUAACAUAAAAUAUUGUAAUAUCUUAAUUCUCUUCUCUUACCUCAAUAGGUCUACAUGAUUCUACGACCACAUGUGAAAGAAUUUCUGGAAGCCAUGACAAAACAUUUUGAGGUAUGUUUUCAAGUGUUUAUUAUGUGUGCAGUAGUAUGUUUUUAUUUUUGCUACAUGGUUAACUUUCCCCCAUUUUAUGUGUAAUAUGUUUAUUGUUAAGAAGACAGUUAAUUUAAAUGAUUCAAAUGUGUUUUUCGCAGAUGUUUGUUUAUACAUCUGCAAAGAAAGAAUAUGCAGAGAAAAUACUGGACAUCUUGGACCCAAAGAGAAGGCUGUUUCGGUAUGAGAUAUACAGUGGGGAGAACAAGUAUUUCAUACACUGCCGAUUUUGCAGGUUUUCCUACUUACAAAGCAUGUAGAGGUCUGUAAUUUUUAUCAUAGGUACACUUCAACUGUGAGAGACGGAAUCUAAAACAAAAAUCCAGAAAAUCACAUUGUAUGAUUUUUAAGUAAUUAAUUUGCAUUUUAUUGCAUGACAUGAGUACAGUGAGGGGGAAAAAGUAUUUGAGCCCCUGCUGAUUUUGUACGUUUGCCCACUGACAAGGAAAUGAUCUGUCUAUAAUUUUAAUGGUAGGUUUAUUUGAACAGUGAGAGACAGAAUAACAACAACAAAAUCCAGAAAAACGCAUGUCAAAAAUGUUAUAAAUUGAUUUGCAUUUUAAUGAGGGAAAUAAGUAUUUGACCCCCUCUCAAUCAGAAAGAUUUAUGGCUCCCAGGUGUCUUUUAUACAGGUAACGAGCUGAGAUUAGGAGCACAUUCUUAAAGGGAGUGCUCCUAAUCUCAGCUUGUUACCUGUAUAAAAGACACCUGUCCACAGACGCAAUCAAUCAGAUUCCAAACUCUCCACCAUGGCCAAGACUAAAGAGCUCUCCAAGGAUGUCAGGGACAAGAUUGUAGACCUACACAAGGCUGGAAUGGGCUACAAGACCAUCGCCAAGCAGCUUGGUGAGAAGGUGACAACAGUUGGUGUGAUUAUUCGCAAAUGGAAGAAACACAAAAUAACUGUCAAUCUCCCUCGGCCUGGGGCUCCAUGCAAGUUCUCACCUCGUGGAGUUGCAAUGAUCAUGAGAACGGUAAGGAAUCAGCCCAAAACUACACGGGAGGAUCUUGUCAAUGAUCUCAAGGCAGCUGGGACCAUAGUCACCAAGAAAACAAUUGGUAACACACUACGCCGUGAAGGACUGAAAUCCUGCAGCGCCCGCAAGGUCCCCCUGCUCAAGAAAGCACAUAUACAUGCCCGUCUGAAGUUUGCCAAUGAACAUCCGAAUGAUUUAGAGGAGAACUGGUUGAAAGUGUCGUGGUCAGAUGAGACCAAAAUGGAGCUCUUUGGCAUUAACUCAACUCGCCGUGUUUGGAGGAGGAGGAAUGCUGCCUAUGACCCCAAGAACACCAUCCCUACCGUCAAACAUGGAGGUGGAAACAUUAUGCUUUGGGGGUGUUUUUCUGCUAAGGGGACAGGACAACUUCACCGCAUCAAAGGGACGAUGGACGGGGCCAAGUACCGUCAAAUCUUGGGUGAGAACCUCCUUCCCUCAGCCAGGGCAUUGAAAAUGGGUUGUGAAUGGGUAUUCCAGAAUGACAAUGACCCAAAACACACGGCCAAGGCAACAAAGGAGUGGCUCAAGAAGAAGCACAUUAAGGUCCUGAUGUGGCCUAGCCAGUCUCCAGACCUUAAUCCCAUAGAAAAUCUUUGGAGGGAGCUGAAGGUUCGAGUUGCCAAACGUCAGCCUCGAAACCUUAAUGACUUGGAGAAGAUCUGCAAAGAGGAGUGGGACAAAAUACCUCCUGAGAUGUGUGCAAACCUGGUGGCCAACUACAAGAAACGUCUGACCUCUGUGAUUGCCAACAAGGGUUUUGCCACCAAGUACUAAGUCAUGUUUUGCAGAGGGGUCAAAUACUUAUUUCCCUCAUUAAAAUGCAAAUCAAUUGAUAACAUUUUCUUGUUGUUAUUCUGUCUCUCACUGUUCAAAUAAACCUACCAUUUAAAAUUAUAGACUGAUAAUUUCUUUGUCAGUGGGCAAACGUACAAAAUCAGCAGGGGAUCAAAUACUUUUUUCCCUCACUGUAUUUGAUACAUCAGAAAAGCAGAACUUAAUAUUUGGUACAGAAACCUUUGUUUGCAAUUACAGAGAUCAUAUGUUUCCUGUAGGUCUUGACCAGGUUUGCACACACUGCAGCAGGGAUUUUGGCCCACUCCUCCAUACAGACCUUCUCCAGAUCCUUCAGGUUUCGGGGCUGUCGCUGGGCAAUACGGACUUUCAGCUCCCUCCAAAGAUUUUCUAUUGGGUUCAGGUCUGGAGACUGGCUAGGCCACUCCAGGACCUUGAUGCUUCUUACGGAGCCACUCCUUAGUUGCCCUGGCUGUGUGUUUCAGGUCGUUGUCAUGCUGAAAGACCCAGCCACGACCCAUCUUCAAUGCUCUUACUGAGGGAAGGAGGUUGUUGGCCAAGAUCUUGCGAUACAUGGCCCCAUCCAUCUUCCCCUCAAUACGGUGCAGUCGUCCUGUCCCCUUUGCAGAAAAGCAUCCCCAAAGAAUGAUGUUUCCACCUCCAUGCUUCACGGUUGGGAUGGUGUUCUUGGGGUUGUACUCAUCCUUCUUCUUCCUCCAAACACGGCAAGUGGAGUUUAGACCAAAAAGCUCUAUUCUUGUCUCAUCAGACCACAUGACCUUCUCCCAUUCCUCCUCUGGAUCAUCUAGAUGGUCAUUGGCAAACUUCAGACGGGCCUGGACAUGCGCUGGCUUGAGCAGGGGGACCUUGCGUGCGCUGCAGGAUUUUAAUCCAUGACGGCGUAGUGUGUUACUAAUGGUUUUCUUUGAGACUGUUGUCCCAGCUCUCUUCAGGUCAUUGACCAGAUCCUGCCGUGUAGUUCUGGGCUGAUCCCUCACCUUCCUCAUGAUCAUUGAUGCCCCACGAGGUGAGAUCUCACAUGGAGCCCCAGACUGAGGGUGAUUGACCGUCAUCUUGAACUUCUUCCAUUUUCUAAUAAUUGCGCCAACAGUUGUUGCCUUCUCACCAAGCUGCUUGCAUAUUGUCCUGUAGCCCAUCCCAGCCUUGUGCAGGUCUACAAUUUUAUCCCUGAUGUCCUUACACAGCUCUCUGGUCUUGGCCAUUGUGGAGAGGUUGGAGUCUGUUUGAUUGAGUGUGUGGACAGGUGUCUUUUAUACAGGUAACGAGUUCAAACAGGUGCAGUUAAUACAGGUAAUGAGUGGAGAACAGGAGGGCUUCUUAAAGAAAAACUAACAGGUCUGUGAGUGCCGGAAUUCUUACUGGUUGGUAGGUGAUCAAAUACUUAUGUCAUGCAAUAAAAUGCAAAUUAAUUACUUAAAAAUCAUACAAUGUGAUUUUCUGGAUUUUUGUUUUAGAUUCUGUCUCUCACAGUUGAAGUGUACCUAUGAUAAAAAUUACAGACCUCUACAUGCUUUGUAAGUAGGAAAACCUGCAAAAUCGGCAGUGUAUCAAAUACUUGUUCUCCCCACUGUAUAUAUAUUUUUUUACUUUUGUUGCUGUCCUUUUGGCCAUGCUUGUUUUGCUGUAUUGUCUCAGUUUUAGAGAUAUUGCAGCUGCAGAGUUUUGUGUACCAGAGACAGGCUGACAAUCUCAUCUCCUUUGAAUAAAUUGAGGAAUAGAUUUCAGUUGAUAUUAGGUUGUACUUUAAAUGUCCAUAACUGAUAUCUCCUUUUGUAGACACCGUUUGUAUCAACAGGACUGUACCUGUGUUCUUGGGCACUAUGUCAAGGAUUUGGGCGUACUUGAGAGGGACCUUGCUAAGACGGUGGUUUUGGACAACGCUCCACACACAUACCCCUACCAUGUGUGUUUACUGUGAUGUUGUUUACUUAAUUAUACAAUGCUUAUUACAUUUUUUUUUUGGAAGCAGAGUGGGGUUUUAUUUAAUUACAAUUCCUACUUUAUUUCUGCAGCUGAUGAAUAUGCUUCCCAUCAAGAGCUGGUCUGGGGAUAAGGAGGACAAAGAACUUCAAAAGCUCAUCCCGUAUCUUGAGAGAGUGUCAGGAACAGUAAGUUGACAGUGUUUUGGUAUCCCACCUCAGGUGGCAUACAAGUAUUAUUUUCAUUAUAUAUGUAAUUAAUGUUUUUGUUCAAUUUCCAUAAUUCACUACCUACUUAGGUGUCUUCUAGGAUUAAAUCUCGUUUGACAAAACAAACAUCAUACAUGCUACAGAGAUCUCAUUUGGGAAGUGGGUAUAAAAUAGGAUCCUGGUGAAAAAUAUGUCCCCUUGGGUAUGGAAAAAGCAGAGAAACUAACCUUGACUCAAUCUCAAACACUUGGCUAGUAUUCUACAAAUACCACAAGUCAAAACUGUUAUCUUAUGUUUGGAAAUGUAAUUCAAAAAAGACUGGGCCCACUACUUGUAUUCCACAAGAAACAGCACCAGUGUCCUACUAAAGAAAUAGUGGAUGUUUUUACUAAUUUGAAGGCACCAUUUUUCUGUAGGAUGAUUGCCGGGAAGUACUGAAGAGGAGGACAGACCACUUUCACAGACUGCUCUCUGAGGAUUGAGAAAAGGCUUCUGAUCAUCCUUCCAUAAACUUUUUAAUUACAAACAUGAACUAGAUCUACUAUCCUAGUCCUUCUGUAUAAUCCCUGAAUGACCAAAAGGUUACUGAUAGUGUGUCAAUUUAACAUGCAGAGUUUCUAUAUCGUUCCCAAACAUUUGUCACUCUGCCCAGCAAUAAAUUGCUAAUAGUUGAAAAAUGAACUACUGAAUAUAAUGACGCAAUUUAAAAUAUGUUCUUCAUACUUAAUAAUCCUAAUUUAUUGACAGAAAAUAGCUUUUUAGAAGCCGUUAUGUACAUAUUCAUUGAUUAUUUUAGUGACAUGAGUGGAUUUUUCACCUCAACUAAAGCCAGAAAAAGUUUCUGUAAAUAAUAAAAUAAAACAACUUAAACCA